AUGUUUGCCUCCAAAAAAUGGUUGUCUACUAACUAUGCAGGAAUUGAUGCUGGAAAGAAUGUUGAGGAUAUAAUUAUGGAUCAUCUAGGAUUUUGGCCAUCAGUUGUGACGUGUCUAAAGGCCGCGGGUCCUCUAAUGAAGGUUCUUCGUUUGGUUGAUUCAGAUUCUAAACCAGCCAUGGGUUUCAUUUACCAAGCCAUGACAAGGUAUGAACCCAUCCAUGAGAUUAUUAACGAAAGAUGGUAUAAUCAACUUAACAGGGCGCUCCAUGUAGCUGGUUAUUUCUUGAAUCCAAUGAUGCAAUAUAGCUCUGACUUUGAGAAUACAGGAUGGAUUAAAGGUGGAUUAUACAUGUGUCUGGAAAGAAUGUGUGGUGAUGACGAGAACCUAGCAAAAACGAUUCAUUGUCAAUUUGAUCAAUUCACUAAUGCAAGAGGGCUAUUUGGUUUUAAUGUAGCCAAAUUAACAAGAAAAGAAAAAACUCCAGUUGAUUGGUGGGAUUCAUACGGAGCUGACACACCCGAGUUGAGGAAUUUUGCCAUGAGAAUUUUGAGUUUGACAUGUUCCUCAUCAGGUUGUGAGAGAAAUUGGAGUGCUUUCGAGAUGGUACAUUCCAAGAGAAGAAAUCGACUACAUCAACAAAAGAUGAACGAAUUUGUGUAUGUGAUGUAUAACUUGAAGCUAAAUGGAAAAGAAGAAAAGAAAGGAAAAGAACAUGAUCAAACGGGACUUGAAACGUUAAAUCUUGAUGAUGUUAGUUCUGAUGAUGAGUGGAUUAUAGAAGAGGAGUCUUCUAAUCAAUAUGUAGAUGAAGAGUGGAUUAAUCCUCUUGAUGGUUCAAGUUCAAGUAGGCCGCAAGUGUCUAAUCGCAGUGAAGAUGAUGAAUUUCUUGAAAGAGCUAUAAGAGAUCAAUUACGUGCGGGUGGUGGAAGAUAA